UUAGGGAGUAAACAAAAACAAAGUCACGUCGCCGGCUCAUCAAAGUGGCCGCGUUCUGAAAAACAAGCGCCAAUCCUGCAAAAGUAUCGCCCUCUUUGUUUUGAAUCACACUGGGUAUGCGUCAAAACAUGGCGACUCUAAAGGCUGUUGUUUCUCUCUACGAAAAUUUAAAACAAGAAUGGACAAAACCCAACUGUAACCUGAAAAAGUGCGGCGAAUUGCUUGCUCAAUUGAAGGUAGCUCUUACAAAUUUACCAUUUCUGCCAACCUCGAGUUCAGCAGCAUCGCAGAAAGAGCUGUUGAUAGCCAGAGACAUCCUGGAGAUUGGGGCACAAUGGAGCAUCUCCACAGAGGACAUACCGUCCUUUGAAAGAUACAUGGCUCAGCUGAAAUGCUACUACUUUGAUUACAAAACCAGUCUUCCAGAAUCUGCAUUUAAGUACCAGCUUCUAGGACUGAAUCUUCUUUUCCUCUUAUCGCAAAAUAGAGUCGCAGAGUUUCACACAGAGUUGGAACUCCUGCCCUCGGAUCAAAUUCAGUCUAAUAUCUACAUAAGACAUCCACUGAGUCUCGAACAGUGCUUGAUGGAAGGAUCCUACAAUAAAAUUUUCUUAGCCAAAGGAAAUGUCCCAGCAGCUUCCUACAACUUUUUCAUUGAUAUUCUGUUAAACACAGUUAGGAAUGAAAUUGGAGCUUGUAUGGAGAGCGCUUAUGACAAGAUCUCCCUGAAAGAUGCAUGCAGAAUGUUGAAUCUGAGCUCAGAGAAAGAGGUACUGAACUUUGCCAAAAAGAAGAAUUGGAAUCUCACUAAAGAUGGCUACUUUUACUUCAGCGCAGCAAGCGAAAAGAAGGUACAGGAGCCUGUACCAAGUUCAGAUCUGGUUACCCUCGCUAUUGACUAUGCAAGAGAACUUGAAAUGAUUGUUUAGACUGUCAACUGUAUUAAAAUUGAAAUUAUGCUCUGUGUAUUUUUUAAAUUAAGUUACUACUAACUAUUUAUAUAUUUCUUAAAUUUACAAUAUAAUCUUUUUUACGCAUCAACACAAA